CAACAACCUCAAAUACCGCAACAACCUCAAAUACAGCAACAACCUCAAAUACAGCAACCAUCUCAAAUACAGCAACCAUCUCAAAUACAGCAACAACCUCAAAUACAGCAACCACCUCAAAUACAACAACCACCUCAAAUACAACAACAACCUCAAAUACAACAACCACCUCAAAAUAAUAAUCAAAUACGAGACAAAGCGAUAGGUGAAUUUAAUCGUUUAAAAGAAGCUUAUAGUGCUUUAUAUGCACAAAAUCAAAGAUUAAUACAAGAAAAUGAUCGUUGGAAAAAUGCUAUUGAUGGGUUUAAUGAUUCUGUUAAAAAAAAUAUUGAUGCAGCAAUUGGUAGAAUAAUUGAUAAAAUUGAUAACAUUAAUGUAGAAUCUGAUGGUAGUGCUAUUGAUUAUGAAGAAAUUAAAAAAAAAUCAAAGGAAGCAUGUUCCGAAGCAUUAGCCGAGAGAUUAAAGAACGAAAAUCAAACUUUACGAAAUGAAAUUAAAUCAGUACUUGAAGAUAUUAAAAAGAAUUUAAAUCCUGAUUCAUUAGCUACUGCUUUAUUUGAUAAAUUAACUAAAGGUGAAAAUGCAAUUAAAAUUAAUUAUGACACUGUAAAACAAAAAUGUAAAGAAGCAAUAGAUGAAACACAAGACUUUCUUGCAAAUAUUCCCUCAGAUGUUGAUAAUUUAUUAACCAGUAAACCUCCUUCUUAA